GAAGAUAAAGAGAGAUGGAGAGUGAGAGAGAGAGAAAAACAUUGGAGGAGGGGGACUAGCACGCAGGACGGCAGGAAGGAAGAAGGGAGGGAGUGAGGGAGAGAGAAAGGGAGUGGGUGAGCGGAGUUGCGAGGCAAACCCGGGAUCACAUGAGCAGAUAUCUGUUUACAAACUGAAGCUGGGAGGCUGAGGCAGAGAGGAGCAGGAGUCAGAGGAGCUAAUACUCUGGGGCCUGACACUUAUACACCACCCAGGACCUUUUUGCAAGAACAAGGAAAUCUGGAUGAGCUGAAUUCUAUCAUCAGCCAUUGUGGGGUUUUUAAUUUAUUUAUUAUCGUUCCUCCUCCUGAAGAAGGAAGGAUUGAGAGACCAGCUGGUUUGAGGCGGAGAGAAAAACACUCCCCCACAUAGGCUUCAUACAUGCAGACGCACAAACGGCAAAGAGAAAUACCAGCCUCAAGCUAGCUCGAGGGUGGUGGAAUAGGUCUGUGUGUGCUGCCUUUUGUUUCUCUUCUUUGGAAGGGGGCCUGCAUUCGCUCCAGAGAAGGAGGAAUACCCCUCACGGAUCAGCCAUUUUCAGGAAGACGGAGAGGCUGGAGGACUCUGAAAGAGGGAGAAUGACAUCAAGGAGAGACAAGGCUCAUCCAAACCUUUUGUGAUAGGGCUUGUGGAGGUGGACAGACUGUUUUCCAGAGGAUUUCCUUCUUGAUGGAGCGUCGCCUCACCACUGUCCACCAGGACCAUGACAUUGUUUUUCAAACAGUUGGACACCUCUUUGUAGGUCACUAGACCUUAAGGUCCACGUAGGCUAUCAUCAGGGAACUGCAGUCCCCAUCCAUCCAUCUUAAUGACAGUGAACGUGGUCUGAGGUUUCUUCUUGUUGUUUCGUUGUGUGUUCACAUCUCGACUGGGUUCCUCUCUCCAGAUCCCAGGAAAGCUAGCAAGGACACGGCUAACGUUAUUAUGGGAGAACGCGCUUUGUCUUUGUGACAAGGCGACCGUUGGUCGACAACAAGCUAACGUCGAUUCGUUUGUGUGUCGAUAUCUACGACGACGAAGAUUAAAUUAAGGGGGAAAGGGGGGAGAAAAUGAAUGAAGUGACGUUAAAGACAAAAACGAAAUAAGACAUCAGCGAGGGGGCGAGUUCUUUCUCGCUUCUUCUCUUCGGGCUUCCGCAAUUUUUACUAGGACGAGAUUCAGCACGGAUAAACAAAGUGGACGCGAGGUGUUAGCUUUCGGGUAUAACGCGUCGCGAGGAGAAGUGUGAGGCUGCCCGUUUGGUUUGGACUCCCUCAGCCUGCUCUUCGCCUCACCAAGCCCUGAACCCACUGAGCUGGCCUUUCGGACUCGAGUUACAUGCAACCAUUCCAAUGGUGUAACGGCUGCCUCUGUGGUCUAGGGCUGCAGCGUUCAGACUGCGAUAUGACGUCGGAGGAUCUGUAUCACCUGCCGCUCAAUGUGUAUGUCAUCGUACUGGGCAUUGGCCUGUUUGUCUUUAUGCUCAGCGUCAUCUUCUGCUGCUACCUGUUCAGGUUGAAACAGCAAGACACUAGACAGCAGUACAGCUAUAAUGAGGUGGUGUUGAAAGGGGCGGGGAAGAAGCUGAGCCUUCUGGGACAGCCCUGUGCGGUCUGUCUAGAGGAAUUUAAAGCCCGUGACGAGCUGGGUGUGUGUCCAUGCUCUCACACCUUCCAUAAGAAGUGCCUGUUGAAAUGGCUGGAGAUCCGCAGCGUCUGCCCCAUGUGCAACAAGCCAAUCAUGCGACUACACAAUGAUAACACUCCGCGUGGGGCCGAGGGGCCGCAAGACCCUGAGGAGGUGUGACCCUGAAAAAUGUAACCACCCAAAAAAACAAACAAACAAAAAAAUAUACAAAAAAAAAAAAAAAAAAAAAAAAAAAAAAAAAAAAAAAACACACCUUUUUGGCCCACAGCCAUGUUUAUUAUCUCCAGUACUGCCACCUUUGGAGCGCACACAGUCUGAUCCUCCACCUCUGGAGGAGGUAGGAUUAAAACAUAACUCUCCAUGAUGCACCAACAUUUGGAGGCCCUAGUGGAACACCUGCUAUAGUAUCUUGAAGAGGGGGCAAAGAGUUCCACACAAAUGCGUCCUUUCAAGAACUAGAACUCAAUUGGCAAAAGCCAAAAAUAGCCACUCGAUUUACUCCGCAAUGUUCUGUGAAUAGACCAGAGUUCCUCAGCAAGGCACAAGCUGUGAGUUCUAGGUAAAGGCGGAGGUCAAGAGGAAGGUAAAGACCCCAGGGGGGCGUCUCUAAGCAACCAACUAAUGAGGAACGGCACUGAACUGGAGCAACUGUAUGAAAAGCAUUUCUGCUCACAAGGACGGUGCUUAAGUACAAGCAAAAUGGACUAACUGCAACAGAGUGAGACUGCUUUGUACUGAUGCUUCGAGGCUAUAGAACGUAAGUAAAGUGUAUUGUCUGUUCGACUGGUACUACAAGUCUUUACAUGGGCCUGUCUAGUGCUUACAAGAAGAAAAUGUUAAGAUAUAAAUUAGUAACCAGCAGUUACAAUGUACUUCCCUAUCACUGAAUAUGUAUCAGGGUCUCGAUUGACCGUUCCCUACUUUUUUUCUCAUUAUUUUGUAUGGUUUAAUGUUUUUUGAAUAAAAAUGUCAUGUUUUGUGGUUAUAA